GUCCCUGCUGUUGCUUCUGCUUCUGCUUCUGCCUCUGCUUCUUCUGCCUCGCCUCAACUGUCUUCUUCUCCUCAAUCUUCAUCCACCGCCAGCACCAGCGAUACCGUUACUUGCGCUGCCUUUGUCGCCUCUUCUGCAGCUGCACCACUCGCAACUUACAGCAAUGACCCCUCGUCAGCCGUCCAUCAACAGCCAAAUUUAAACGACACUAUAGAUCUCACUGCCGAUACUGGUCUCGGUCAUCGGCAUCCGCCGUCUCCUUUAGAAGACCACACCACCUCUUCCUCACAGGCUUUCUCAGUUCCAGAGGCCAUCUCUUCGGCUGCAGAUCCUGACACAGCCAUGAUCUUCUCAGACUUUUACAAAGGGUCACGAUCCCCUUUGUCUAGACUCCGCCAACAAAGUCCCCAGUCACGAAAUCCAGCAAACUCACCUCCUUGGCUUGCUCCCGAAUAUGAAGACCUCCUCAGCAAAGACAAGUACAGGCAAAAGGAUGCCAUCAAAAAAUACUUAGCCGCCAAGGUCAGGACCAAUUGGGGAUGGCAGUGGGCACCGGCCCGCAAGCCUGGAGAGAAAACCGCCGAGAAGCCAUCUGAUUCCGAUGAGCCGAGAAACUCUACCACAAAAGAUUCAGAAUCUGAAGCAAUCAGGGUCGAUUCGGCCAAAGAUAUGCGUGAUCGGGCCUCCGAAGAUGCUGGCUACGCCGUUGACAGCACCGAUCAGGGCGAAGAUGCUUCAGACCAUGAAGACAUUGACGCCGAGAACGACGACGAUACAGAUUCAGUCUACAGCGUUGUAUCAGAGGAUGCUGUCAACUACCGCCCCCGCAUGGAAUGGUACUCUGACCUGUCCGAUGACGAGGCUGCUAUUACUUCUCUAGACAAACUGGAGGCCACCGAUCAUGUUACCAAGACUUCAAUCUUGGAGAAGCGAGCUGCACGCCGGAGAGCUGCUAGAGAGGAAAUGACUUGGAAUGAGGGGCUGGCAUGUUUCGAGGCACGGCGAAACGCUUGGACUGGUGCAAAGACCGUUCGUGUGCGGAGCAAACCAGUCUCUUCACCACCGGUGUCUCCUCGUUCUCCCCGGCGCUUUUUCUUCCGCCGCUCCAUCUCAGGAUCACCACCUUCGGCUGCUUUGAUCGAUCCGAAUCCGCUUGGAAAUAGCCCUACAGGCACGAUAUCCGACAUCUCAUCAAUGGCCAAGGACGAAAAGGACCUCAACAAGCAAGGCUCUAGAGACUCUGACCGCAUCUCCGAUCGCUUGCUACCAGUUGAGACGCUCCUGCCCAUCCCAUACCCAAUCCUGCCCCCCACCAAUUCUUUCCGAGCUUCCAUUACUCCUUCGCUUUAUCUUAGCCUCUACGACAAGGUCAUUCUUAACAAUUUACAACCGUCAUGCCCGAUCAACCUGCAAGACAUGAUACGCUCCUGUGUGACAGGAUGGAAACGUGACGGCGAAUGGCCCCCAAAGCCAUCAGCCCCCGAACCCAUUGUUGUUACAAUGCGGCGUAAGAAGGCCAAAAAGGCAUCGACAACCACGGGGGGCUCAAUCGGCAUCACUGCGCGGAGAUUGAGUUUUGGGUUAAUUGGCCGCGAUAAGGACGACGAGUAUCACGCCGGCAUGGGCAUUCGCAAAAGUCUUCAGAAAGUGCUUGGUUUGGGAGCACAGCCA